UCUGGGUGAAAUUAUGCUCCUGCUCUCACUUACUUGCGAUGGUUUGACCGGGGCCGUUCAAGAGCGAAUGAAAUUGGACUAUCAGACCAAAUCCGGUCACAUGAUGACCUCUAUGAACAAGUGGUCGGUGUUCUACUUGGGUAUUGCCCUGACUGCCACGGGAGAGCUAUGGGAGUUCUUCGGAUUCGUUCAAAGACAUCCCAGCGUGUUAUACGAACUGGGCUUAUUCUCCAUUGCCAGUGCUCUGGGUCAAUACUUUAUUUUCAUGUGUGUGAGCGAGUUUGGACCCUUGCCAUGCUCCAUCUGCACAACCACACGGAAAUUCUUCACGGUCAUGGGUUCGGUGGUCAUCUUUGGCAAUUCGCUCAUGCCCAGGCAAUGGAUGGGUGCCACUUUGGUGUUCACCGGCUUGUUCUUGGAUGGAUUGUAUGGCCGCGAGGCACCAAAAAAAGCCGUGAAAUGAUCUUGAGAGCAUCAGGGCAGUUUCAGCCUUAUAUGCAUUUGGUUACCAUUUUAAACUGGAUUUGCGUAUUUACAACCUUACAUUUGUUUAUUAACGUGUUAUUAUUUCGUGAUAGUGAAAUACACAUUCCGAGCUCCGGCUAACUCUUUACCGAUGGAUUAUGACUUGACACCAUAUUUAUUCCAGAUGAUUCUCAAAGGCCGCUUCAGUUCAGGCAAUCUUCAAAUUCUUCGCCGGAUGUCCUUUAAUAAAAGGCGUCGGCCUUCAAAUGUAGAAGCCAUCUUUACUCAAGGCGAAAUCCUCAGCGGGAUUCAUCCUGUUCAAAUGGCUUUGAAAGCAAAGAACAGGAAAAUUCAUCAGGUCAUGUACAACCCUGGUUCUAAACGAACCGAAACGCUUCUAGAGUUGGCCUUUGCUCGGGGAAUCCCGAUAAAGCAAGUUGCAUUUGCAGAACUGAACAUUUUGGCUAGCCAAGCCGAAAAAAAGGCCGUUCAUCAAGGUGUGGUAGCCGAUGUCAGUCGUCUGAUACCGACAGAUAUACGGAAUGAAGAUGUGGAUACGCGUGAAAACCUGUGGGUUCUGCUCUGCGGCUUGAAGGAUCCCAUGAACGUGGGGGCCGUGAUUCGCUCUUGCUACUUCAUGGGGGUGAAUCGGGUGAUUUGCCCGGCAGAAUAUGCCCAAUGCCCACUCUCUCCCGUGGUGAGCAAGGCAAGUGCAGGUGUUCUCGAGAUUUUUCCGCCGUUUUCAAUCUCACAUGACGUCCAAGGAUUCCUUCAUGACCAAAUCCAAUCUGGAUGGGAUGUGAUCGGAUCCGAGGUUUACUCGGACACAGCCCAAGCAUCAGAAUAUCAUCCAAGCACCAAACCCAAGCGAAUAUUGAUCCUAGGGAGUGAAGGCUCUGGCAUGCCGGAAGAAUUGGAACCCUUUUGUCAGAGAUUCAUUCAUAUUAAGCCUGGACGUGACUUAGAUCCAUGUGUGGAUUCCUUGAAUGUGUCCGUGGCUGCGGCAUUGCUUAUUGAGCAACUAAGACACGACCAUAAAUAAAUGAUAAUGACAACAACAA